AUGAACGAUGAUAAUAAAAAUCAGAAAGAAUUGGCUGGAAAUGAUAUAUAUGAAUUAAUAAAAAAAGCAAAAGAUAAAAUAAAAAACGAUUAUAAGUUUUGGUACACCCAACCUGUUCCUAAAAUAAACGAUGAGUUUAAUGAAACAGUAAAUGAGCCAUUUAUAGCCAAUAAUAAGGUAGAAGAUGUUCGAAAAGAAGAAUACAAAUUACCUAAUGGCUAUUCAUGGUAUGUGUGCGAUAUAAAAAAUGAAAAUGAUAGAAGUGAAAUUUUUAAAUUAUUAAGUGAUAAUUAUGUAGAGGAUGACGAUAAUAUAUUUCGCUUUAAUUAUUCUUCCGAGUUUUUAUUAUGGGCUUUAUCAUCUCCAAACUACUUAAAGAAUUGGCAUAUAGGAGUAAAAUAUGAUGCUGCAAAUAAAUUGAUUGGUUUUAUAAGCGCAAUUCCAAUAGAUAUAUGUAUAAAUAAGAAAAUAGUAAAAAUGGCUGAAGUAAAUUUUCUAUGUGUUCAUAAAAACUUACGUUCAAAAAGAUUAGCACCUGUUUUAAUUAAGGAAAUAACUAGAAGAAUAAAUUUAGAAAAUAUAUGGCAGGCAAUAUAUACAGCUGGCAUUUAUUUACCUAAACCAUUAAGCGAUGCAAGAUAUUUUCAUAGAUCUAUAAACGUAAAAAAAUUAAUUGAAAUUGGUUUUUCUUCAUUAAAUUCUAGAUUAACUAUGAGUAGAGCAAUCAAAUUAUUUAGAAUAGAUGAUACUUUAAAUUUAAAGAAUUUGAGAAAAAUGAAAAAAAAGGAUAUUGAUGGAUUACAUAAUUUACUAAAUAAUUACUUGGAACAAUUUAAAUUACAUGCAGUAUUUAGUAAAGAAGAUAUUGCUCAUUGGUUUUUACCAAUUGAUAAUGUUAUAUAUACUUAUGUAAAUGAGGAGAAUGGAGAGAUUAAAGAUUUAAUUUCAUUUUAUUCUUUACCAUCUCAAAUUUUGGGUAAUGAAAAAUAUAAUAUACUAAAUGCAGCAUAUUCAUUUUAUAAUAUUGCAACAACUACUUCUAUAAAAAAUCUAAUGCAAGAUGCAAUUUAUUUAGCAAAAAAAAAUUCUUUUGAUGUUUUUAAUGCUCUUGAAAUUAUGCAUAAUAAAUCAAUCUUUGAAGAUUUAAAAUUUGGAGAGGGAGAUGGGUCAUUAAAAUAUUAUUUGUACAACUGGAAAUGCGCAUCUUUUGACCCUUCGAAUGUUGGAAUAGUUUUAUUGUAA